AUGAACUCCCUCUCCGUCGUCCGCCCCGCGGCUCGCCGCGCCCUUCUGCGCUCGCAGCAGCGCCGCGCCCUGUCCGCCUGCGCUCCGCGCUUGCACGCCACGCCGUCCGACGCCUACGGCAGCGUCAAGAUGCCUCGCAUGCGCCCCGACGAGGAGCCCACGGGUGAGCUCGCCGUCGGCGAGCUACACGGCGCACAAUUCCGCGUCGAGCCUCUCCGACGCGUCGGCGAGACGGACACCACGAAGCGUGCGCGGCUACUCUACCAGUCCCGCAAGCGCGGCAUCCUCGAGUCCGACCUCGUCCUGUCCACCUUUGCCGCACAGCACCUCCCCGUCAUGACGCCCGCGCAGCUCACCGAGUACGACCUCUUCCUCGACGAAAACGACUGGGACAUUUACUACUGGGCCACGCAGCACGAGCCCUCCUCGUCCACCAACCCCUCCGUUGCCACGUCUUCCGCCUCGGCUGGUGCCGCCACGGCCGAGGAGGUGCAGGAAGCCGCCGCCGCCGCCGCCAGCAGUGCCGGCAGCAGCACCACCACCACCAAGGAAGUCGAGCAGGGCGUCGUGAUGAAGCGCAGCCCGGGGCAGGGCGAGUGGGCGCAGACUGUCGGCACGUUUAAACCCGCGUAUAGGCCAGUGCCGGAGCGCUGGCGCGACAGCGACGUGCUGCGGCUGCUGCGCGCGCAUGUGAGGGACAAGAGUGUCGACGGCGGUGAUGGCAAAGGCAUGGCGUUUAUGCCGGCGCUCAAGGAGUCGGACUUUGCGUGA